AUGAAUAUCAGCCUUCGCUCCAGCCAGUCUUCUUAUGGCGAUCCUCGCUAUCUCUCCACCGCCACCAUCUCCGAUGCCAAUGCUCCCAUCGGGAAAUCCCUCGUCGACGGCUACCGUGAUGCUGUCCACCCUCAACAUGACGACCGAUCACGGUACAACCCGCUCAAUACCGCUCACCCGCGCAGCUCAGUCCUCGUCAAUACCAACGACCCCGUCACGAUGUACCUGUUGACCGAGACCGCGAUAGGAGACAGCAACCACUUCGAGAUCUUGUCCUUUGAAGAAGUCGAGGACUUGAAGAAGGAACGCACACUACUCUCCGGUCGAAUCGAAAGCACAAAACGCAAGUUGGCCCUCGAGACCAAGCUGCGCGACGCCGCUCAGUCGAUCGGUCGACUCUACAGUCCCCCCAGCCCCCGGGACAGCGGUGAAUACGGCAUCAACGGAUCCUCCAAAUCACACCGCAGAAGCCGCAGUAUCUUUGGGAAGAAUGGCACGACCGAUGUACUGGACAAGAGCGAUUCGGAACUGGCGAUGAGCCAGCGCAAGUGCGAGGACCUGGCCCAGGAGCUCUGGAAGCUCGAGCGCCGGUCUCAGCAGAUCGGUCAGCGCCUGCUAGAGCAUACCGCGGGUGUCCUGCAGAUGACCCAUAAGGGUAUGAGAAAGGGCCCAAAGAACCUUGACGCACCUUCUGACGAACUUUACGGUGGCCACGAAUUCGACGACCGCAGUCUCUACCGCACACCCGAGCAUUUGGAUAACUAUGGCUUGAAAGGAAGGAUCGAGGUCAAUGCUCCAUCGUCUGGCCUAUCCUCGGACGCCGCAGAAGCCACCCAGAGGAGACUGGAGGAACUCAGCGAGCGCAUUUGCAACAUGAUGAUCGAAGCCACUCCGGAUGAGUUUGUUGAUCCUCCUCCUAAGUCCGCGAACCGAUCCCUCGAUCCCGCAUCUGCCGCCGAGGCGCACUUGUUAUACCUUGAGAAUAGCUUGAACAACCUGGGUUCGCGCCCGGCCGCUGCAGCGAACAUUGUUGACCGCUUUGGAUUAACUCGCUCGCCGACACUCCCGCCGCCCCCCUCUGCCUACGAUGGUGAUGGGUUAGAGGAACAACUGUCAUAUCUCCAAACCGGUGUCGAUGGUUUGGCAAGCCGGGUGGACGGUCUGCUUGAGCAGAAGAGCAUUCUGACCACGCAGAUCCAACAGCAACGCGAGCUCAACUCAAAGUCCGACGCCGAGCGUGAUGCCCACAUCGGCGAUCUGACUGAACAAUUGUCCCACGCACGCAGAGAUGGCAAGUCCGCCCAGGACGAGCUUGAUGUCGUCAUGCAACAGUUGGAGGCCAUGCGCCACGACGGUUCUUCCCAGGACGAAGCGAAGGCUUCUUUGGUCCAGGCCGAAGGCGAGAUCGCACGUCUGCAGAGUGUUGUGGAGUCGCUGCACCGCGAGGCUGAUGCUCGCACGGAGGAAGUAAGGGAAACCCGCGACCGCGCCGAGCAUGAGGCGUCCCAGUCCGAGGCUCAAAUCGAGGAAAUGAGAGAGGCUCGUGAUCGUGCUGAGCGCCAGGUCACACAGCUCGAGGUUGAUAUUCAGCAAAUUCGUAGUGACUCUGACUCCCGCAUGGAAGCGGUUACCUCUCGUGGGCUGGAGUCCGAUUCUCGUAUUCAGGAGGCCGAGUCGCGUGCACAGGAAGCUGAAUUCCGCUUGCAAGAAACCGGGUCUCGUCUACAGGAAGCCGAGUCGCGCCUGCAAGAGGCUGAGUCCCAUCUUCAGAUAGUUAGUUCUCGCGGACUAGAGGAGGAUUCUCGUGUGCGGGAAGCUGAGUCUCGUGCACAGGAAGCCGAAUUCCGUCUCCAGGAAGCUGCUUCCCGCGCCCAGGAGGCCGAGUCUCGUCUACAAGAACUCGAUGCUCGUGUGCAGGAGGCUGUCGACCAGCGUAUCCAAGCCGAAGAGAAUAGCACCCGCCUACAAAAUGAGAUGACUGAUAUGGAGGGCGAGGUUGUGAGAAUCACGACCGAACUUACCAUGGUCAAGGCUGAGCUGGAUGGUGCUUAUGGUACGCGGGCACAGCGUGCAGCAGAAGCGGCCGCCAACCCCGAAUUCCAAAACGAGAUCGAUGCCCUCAACACCCGCAACAUUGAACUUACCGAAGAGCUUGCCGCUCUCAAGAGCCAACGCGGCGGCGGCGAUCUCCAGCAACGAGCUGACACUCUUGAGAAGGAGCUUCGGGAAACCAUUGAUGAUUACGAGGCCAUGACAAAGGCCAGCAUUGAGUUCGAGAAAGAACGGGAACGUUUCGAGGGCGUGAUUGAUAGUCUGCGGGAUCGCAGUGAGCAACUGGAACAGCAGCUGAGCGAGGAACGUAUCAGCUGGAUGAACCUCAGCAGCCCGACGUCGAUGGGCCGCGAUCCAACACUCGAGACCACAUCCACUAUGGUGUUGAAGAACGAGUUUAAGAAGAUGAUGCGUGAUACUCGCAAUGAGAACAUGAAGAUUCUGAAGGCGGAACAAGAAGAGCGCCGCAGGAUCGAAGGACUGUUGCGAGCCCUCAAAAAGGAGCAUGCGCAGGUGACGGGCAAGCCUGGCCCAAGUCCCAUUGGCACCCCCUUAUGA